AUGAGCGACGUCGUGUUUAAGAAGAAGGCGCGUGGCGCACGCGACGUGCGCAAGCGCGAUGUCGAGGACGAAGAGGACGACGUGCGGUCCGCGGUCGUCACCAAGAAGAAAAAGAGCGAGGAGCAUGAGGCGGCUCCGGCGCUCGACCGUUUUGGGCAGCGGACAGUGCACGCCGCCGCACAGGCCAGCGGCUCGAGCGCGAACCAGAACGACAACCAGUACGACGCCACACGCAACACCGAAUGGGAUCUGGAGAAAGAGUUUGAGAAGGAGCUGGGCGCGAAGCCAAAAGCAAAGGCGAGCAACGACGACGGCGUGUACCGCGGCAUGGCCGGCUACGCCAAGUAUACCGAAGAGCGCGACGACGGAUCCUCGGCCAAGUUCAAGACCAAAGGGCCGAUGCAGGCGCCGACAAACGUGCGCACAAUCACCGUCGUGGACUACCAGCCGGACGUGUGCAAGGACUACAAGGAAACGGGCUACUGUGGCUUUGGCGAUACGUGCAAGUUCCUGCACGACCGCAGCGAUUACCUCGCGGGAUGGCAGCUGGAAGGAUCCGGCGAGGUCGCAGAUGCGCGCUCUGGCAUGUACGGCGCCGAGCUCGAGGACGACGACGAGGAAGACGUACCGUUUGCGUGCCUCAUUUGCCGCAAGCCGUUUACCGAUCCGGUCGUGACGCUGUGUGGGCACUACUUUUGCUCCAAGUGCGCAAUCCAGCGGUUCGCCAAGACGCCCAAGUGCUUUGCGUGCGGCGCAAAGACGCACGGACUGUUUAACUCUGCGACCAAGAUCCUGGACCGCAUGGCACGCCGCAAUGCGACCAAGGCCGAGGCGCGCAGGGAGAAGCGUGUGCAGCAUGGACUGGAGGAUGAGGACGAGAACCAGAACGAGAUUAUCGAUGGCGUCGUGAUCGACGAGGCAUAG